UAACCCCGGAUGGGGGAGGAGUUGCGCUCAACAGCUGGCAAGCCUGCUUUGAUGAUUUUUGACAAAGCUACCUCCCCACGGAGAUACACGAAACACCGUCCGUUCCCUCAGAAAAGACACACAGUAAUUGUCCAUUCAAAGAAGAAAAACGAACAAGGGGGACUUAAAACUGCCAAAAUAUUUAAAACGAAUAUAUACUGACUCGUUGGUAUUUUUCGUGAGAAACACAGGAGAGAUUUGCCUCGUGAAAAGGUGCCUUUUGACAGAGCUGUUGCAGUUAUAGGCGCUCGAGACGAGAGUGAGGUGAAACGAAAGUUGGGAGCGAAAAACGAAUCUUUCCAAAAGGGAAACGACUGGACACGUCGUCUCCGCUCACUCCCUUUCCUCGCCUUCAAGUCACAAACACGUCGGCUGAGAUGCGACUGCCAGUUACCUGGAGUUAAAUGCUAGUCCAUGAGAGGAGAGUGCGAGUUUGGCCAAGGACGAGGAGAAAGAAGAAGAGGGCUAUUUCCCGAAACAGAGGGACCGAGGGACAGAGCAGGGAGAGGACAUGUCUCUUUGGGUCAUACUACCUGUUAGUCUGCCUUCCUUGACCAUCACUGGAAUAUGGGUUGUGUACGUCAUGGCCCUGUACAACCAGCACGUCUGCCCUGUGGAUAACUGGUUAUAUAACCAGUCGUGUGACAAGGAGCUGUACCAACAGAGUGGACCAACGUUGUGCUGUACUCUAGAAAAUGUUCCACUCAUCAGUAAAUGUGGGACUCUUCCUCCAGAAAGCUGCUUCUUCAGCCUCAUCUGCAGCGCUGGAUCCUUCAUGGUGAUGGUGAUAGUAUUCCUACGUUAUGCCCAUGUGAUAGAGAAGUAUCAGAACUGUGUGUUGAACACAGCGGGCCUAUCCACCGGCUGGAUCUGUGCUGCAGGACUCAUCAUGAUUGGCAACUUCCAGGUGGACAAUGCUAAGAUCCUCCACUAUGUGGGGGCAGGGGUAGCGUUUCCCACCAGUAUGCUGUUUGUGUGUCUUCAGUCGGCUCUAACCUACAGGCUGGCCAAGACUCAGGGAGAAUACAGCGUGGCUCACCUACGACUGGGCAUGACACUACUGGCCUUCAUCACCCUGGUGCUUACUGGCGUGUUCUUUAUCCAGGAGAGCUUCGUCCUGCAGCACGCGUCGGCCAUCUUUGAGUGGGUAUUCUGCAUCAUCAUCAUGCUCUUCUACGGAACCUUCGCCUUCGAGUUCACCGGCGUCACAGGAGAUACUGUGAGGGUGCUAGCCAGAGGGGGAGCCCUGGGGCCCAACAGGAGAGGCCACAAAGUGGAGUCCCUAGGAGGUCCCAUUCCACACCCCCCUGAGACCAUGUCAAUGCUGUAGUCCCUGGGAGAGAAGCCAGAGGGCUGGCUUAUACCAUUAUCAAUCUGGGGGAGGUGGAGGGACUUGAGUAUCCAUUGCCAAAACACCACCAUUGCAGGGUGUGAAGUGGACUAUGCCAAUGCCACAUAAGCCUGGGGGAGUGGAGUAGACACUAUGGGGGAGAUGGGGGUUCGUACUGUUCCCGUCCCAGCCUCCAAAGACAAUUCUUGUAUUUGCACGUCACUAAAGGAACCAAAUCCUCUUUUCCUUUUCUUUCAUCCCCCCUUUUUCCAGCCAAAGGAGGAGUGGUGCUUUACAGGAAGUGUUCCCUGCUGCUGUCUGACGUCACUGUCUGGACGCAGGUUAAGAGAGGAGGGCAGGCCACAAGACGGCCAGAGAGUGAGCGAGAGACUGUAUCAUGAGAAAGAGAGGCUGAUAGAAAAAUAGAGGAAUGCAUUAGAGAAAAGAGAGAGACUGCCUGUGCGGGAGAGCUAGGCCUGUGUAAUGUUAGAUUUGCACAUGAAAUCUCUUUAUUUUCAGAGACCAUUUAGCGAGCAGACAUGACUGUUUCCCCCGGUGCUAGAGUCCAAACAAGGCAAAAACCUGCCGUCAUUUGUUCUUUAAAUCUCACAAUAACAAUACCAUGACACCCGGGUCUCACACAGCUCCCAAUAUGCCAAAUGGAAUAUUCUGAAUAUUUAAAAUGGUUAAGUUGACUCUCCUCACAUGUUGCGAAGACUAGCUAAAACGAAUGUGUUCAUGACAUGGAUGCUUCUCUGAUUUAACAGCAUCUUGGUCAUUGAAACCCGGGUUUAAACCUGGGAAUAUCUGGCUGCCAGAAUUACCUUAUUUUUUUCUACUGAAGCUAUGUAAACAUGCCUUAUAAAGCUGGACAUUGUAAUACGUUUUUUUUCCUCCUAGAUAAACUUGAGUAUAUGGAAAGCCAAACCUCCAAUAAUAUUUUAUAUGUAAUAUCCAAAACAUUUGUAUUUUAUAAACCUAAACUUAUGGAUGUUGGAAGGGGAGAAGAGGAAUGGAAGAAUCCAACUGUAAACCAGCUAAUACAAGCCAGAGCUGUACCUGGGCUGAUCCGAGUUAAAUCACACAAAAUCUGAAAAAGUCUGAAAAAUAGAGAAUCUAUUUAUAAUCUAAGAAACAAUGAGUGGACAGGCCUUCUCUAUUUCAGAGCUCCCCUUUUUCUAUUUGUCAGCCUGGGUGUCAAUCUGUUUCUGCUUCAGACGGCGUGUUACCGUCCCUGACGGCGUGUUACCGUCCCUGACGGCGUGUUACCGUCCCUGACGGCGUGUUACCGUCCCUGACGGCGUGUUACCGUCCCUGACGGCGUGUUACCGUCCCUGACUGCGUGUUACUGUCCCUGACGGCGUGUUACCGUCCCUGACGGCGUGUUACUGUCUCAGUCAACUUGUCAGUUGUUUUGCAAGGGUACAAUGUAUUGUUGAACAGUCCUACACCCGGGUUAUCUUUUUGGCUUUAGCUUUCUGUUCCUUUAGCUUAUCCUGGCAUAGGGCCAAAAGGGAACGGGAUGGAGCUUCUACUUGCUGCUGUUCUUCCAUAGAAUGUAGAGAGACAAACUAUCCGUAUCCAUUCUCCUGCCUGGAACUACACUGUGCCAAACUAUCCUCCUGCCUUUCAGAGCUUGUGCUAACAGAUCUUAUUAUGCAAAUCUGUCUCCACUGUUUCAAUGCUGCCACAUUAGCUAUGAUAAUGAAUAAUAAAUUGGUGGUGCUUAUAAUUGUCCUAUUUCAUACAUGUACAAGCAUGUGUUAAUACGCAUGUGUGAAUUAGAUUUUUUUAUUAAUUUUUUUGCAUAUACCUACUCCGGCUGAGACACCCGUGGAGAGUGGGGUCACAGUCAGGUUCAGCCAUUAUCAACGGCGACCCUGGGUCAAUUAGGGUUAAGUGCCUUGCUCAAGGGCAGAUCAAAAGAUUUUUCACCAUGUUGGCUCGGGAUUUGAACUAGCGACCUUUUGGUUACUGGCCCAAUGCUCUAAGCGCAGGCUACUUCCCACCCUAGCGGCGGUGGAUUGCAGAACGAUAUGUAGAGCCUAUAGUUUUACAUUCAUCACAACAGCUUGAAAGUGAUUCUGAGAGAGUUUGUCACUUACUACUGAUGAAGUUAAUCUAAUAGUAAACAUUAGUAGACUGGUGUUUGUGGAGGGAAAAAGUGGUCCAUUAGCCCCUUUUAGUGUAGACACAGAUUACUGCACAGAGCUCUUUUACAUUUACGUUAUUUAGAAGACGCUCUUAUCCAGAGCGACUUACAGUAGUGUGUGCAUACAUUUUCAUUCGUACUGGUACCCCGUGGGAAUCGAACCAACAACCCUGGCGUUGCAAGUACCUUGCUCUACCAACUGAGCCACACGAGACCACCAUGCUCUUCUAUUGCUAUCAACUGGUUCAAAGUGGCCUUAUCAACUGUUGGAUGCGUAUAAGGCCUGUGUAUUCUGACUGAAUGCUGUGCCAACCAAUCCCCAACAUUAAGUUCAUCUAUCUGUAUGGAGGGAUAUUAGUGCCAGAAAAUGAAUAGAAUUCUGAUCAAUUGAAUCUCGGUUUUCAAGUGGCCUUUAAAUGCUAUUUUCUUGAAACUGUCUUAAUAAAUCUCACUUACCCACUAUUGACUUACUCUGCCAAAGGUUAUCAAAUCAUAUGAGAGAGCUUCAAGAAGUAGGAUUAAGUUUUCACCUAGAUACUUAUCCAGGGUCAGUUUUGCAUAUUUCCACCUUAAUGGUUAGGAUUGGGCCAGGGUUAAUGUCUACGCUGAGCAUCAUGGUCAUUCGUCACCAAACGGAAAUAAACGGGCUGAAACAGGGAGGGACUAACUGGACUACCUGUCCAAUGAAAAAUUCUAAUUUUCACGGUCAAUUUUGGAACAUUAUAAAACAUUUUCCGUUACAUGUCUUAAUGAAUAUGACCCUUGUCAAUGUUCUGUUUCUCUGUUUACUGAUCUACCUUCAAACGUUUACCUCUCAGGAAUCUGUUACAUCACCAGCUGGCUGCAAUCAGUGAUUCUAAACAAAACUUCACUUUUUAAAGUAUAUUCUGUUUUAGGGAACUUGUUUUGACCAGUGGGUUGAUUUUACAUUUCAAUAUCGUAAUGCCAUUGGUUCUGCCCAUAUCUGACCUGAUUGGUCACGCCAUGGUUCCAUUGGUUCUAUGUUCUAUACAGAACCAUAUAUUUACAUAUGGAGCUGGUUCUAUGCUUUAUCAAAGAAGGUCAACACUAUACUGUAGAAAUAGCAGUGGUGUUAUAAGUGCUUCAUUCAGACAUCAGUACGGUUGAUGGAUAAUCGCUAAAGUUUGGUUGCGUUUUAUUUGUACAUCCAAAGGUCUCUAAGGCUCUAAGUUGGCACACGUGUACUCACACAGAGUAGAGAACAUUCUAUCUAGCUGUUGUCCUCAUUGGUAUGUUCAUUAAGGUCUUACCUACCUACAGAUAUCCAAAUCAAAAUAGUGCCAUACUCUACUGAAAUGUAGAGAACACGCAUGUGCCUUUUUAUUUUGACAAAACCAAAGAAAGAUGUUCCAGGUACAGUUUUUGUUAUGAGAGAAGGAAGAUGUAUAUUUGCCUGAAAUUGUUCUACAAUAAAAAUGUAAAAGAACUUAA